AUGGCAUGGAAUAUCAUCCUCAUAGCAACAACCUUGCUGCACAUGGUGUAUGGCCAAACUGUACGGCCCUGUGUGGACUUUAUGGAAAUCCCGAACGUCAGCAUUCGCAACCCUGACACCGCAACCCAGCCUGGCUCUACAAUCAAUGACAGGACGCUCGCCGCUGGGUGGUACGGUGCUGCGAACUAUGAACUUGAGGACAGUGCCCCUGGCUUCCUCCGCUGUGGAUCAUUGUACCCGAUAUGGCGACAAAGUAUUUCUGGCAACACAGCUUCCAUGUGCAUCCAGGAAACAUCCACUACAUGCUCAAAUCCGUUUACGAUACAGGUAGCGGACUGUAACGGUUAUACUGUGUACAAUCUGAAAACCUCGCCCAUUCAUCAGAGCUCCUACUGUUUCCGUGAGAUCCCCCCAAAUUCACCAACCUACAGUCCCAAGCCUACUGUCGCCGCUGGUGUAACUGACACUGGUUUAGACAAAAGUGACCUCCAUUUCCGAUGUUCCUUCCCCCCUUCGUCCACCCAAAGACUGUUCCACCAGACAACGUGGUAUGUCGACGACGUCCUCAUACACCAGCACCCAGCAAUGCUGAUGGACGACACCUACAUUGACAACACCCAGAUCACUCAAGCGAUGCUCAUAGCAGCGGGGAUAACUAAAGUCGGUUUCAAUAUAAGCUGUGAAGUCCAUGCUUUGUUCGGUGCUGGUAUGCCCAUCGGUCCUGGAAAUCGUGCAGAUCCUUUCUUCGUCGGCUUUGAGACAGCUAAUGGAUUCAAAGUGUAG